AAGUUAAUGUACAACGAACACCAAAGAGCUGAGAACCAGAGCUUUUAUGGCUGAUUUGCAGAGUUACAGAAACAACUACGAUUUGAAAUUCUGAGAAAUUGAAAUAUGCCGGAUACGAGGAAAAGUGGUCAGGCUCUUCUUCUGGGUAGAUACGAGGUCGGAAAGCUUCUUGGCCAUGGCACCUUUGCUAAGGUCUACCACGCGAAGAACGUCCAAACUGGAGAAGUCGUUGCAAUCAAAGUUCUUGACAAGGAGAAAAUCCUCAAAGGAGGAUUGGUUGCUCACAUCAAGCGCGAGAUCUCAAUCUUUCGCCGUGUUCGACAUCCUAACAUCGUUCAGCUUUUCGAGGUCAUGGCGACAAAGGCCAAGAUCUAUUUUGUUAUGGAGUAUGUGAAGGGAGGUGAGCUAUUCAAUAAGGUCGCUAAAGGUCGAUUGAAAGAGGAGGUUGCGAGGAAGUAUUUCCAACAACUUAUCUCCGCAGUCGGAUUCUGCCACGCAAGAGGUGUUUACCACCGUGAUCUCAAGCCUGAAAACCUGUUAUUAGAUGAGAAUGGCGAUCUCAAGGUCUCUGAUUUUGGCCUUAGUGCGGUAUCAGAUCAGAUGAGGCAAGACGGAUUGUUCCACACCUUCUGUGGAACCCCUGCGUAUGUAGCCCCUGAAGUUCUAGCUCGCAAGGGUUAUGAUGCGGCCAAGGUGGAUAUUUGGUCUUGUGGAGUGAUUUUGUUUGUUUUAAUGGCUGGUUAUCUUCCUUUCCAUGAUCAGAACGUUAUGCAGAUGUAUAAGAAAAUUUAUAAAGGUGAGUUCCGGUGCCCUAGGUGGUUUUCCCCUGAAUUAAUCCGUCUCCUUUCUCGUCUCCUCGAUACCAAUCCAGAGACAAGAAUCACGAUUCCUGAAAUUAUGGAGAAUCGGUGGUUCAAGAAAGGAUUCAAGCACAUUAAGUUCUACAUUGAGAACGAUCGCCUCUGGAGCUUUGGAGAGGACGAUGCUGAAUCAUCAUCGGAACAAUCGGAACAAUCCGUAUCUGAAUCGGAGUCUGAGCCGGACACGCCAAGACCCCCUGUUCCUGGGUUGCCCAGACCUGCUAGUUUGAAUGCUUUUGAUAUCAUAUCGUUCUCUCCUGGAUUUGAUCUAUCUGGUUUGUUCGAAGAAAGAGGAGAGGAAACACGGUUUGUUUCGGGCGCACCAGUGCCGAAAAUUAUAUCAAAAUUGGAGGAGAUUGCCAAGGUGGUUAGCUUUACAGUGCGGAAGAACGAUUGUCGUGUAAACUUAGAAGGAUCCAGAGAAGGUGUGAAGGGGCCAUUGACGAUAGCAGCUGAGAUAUUUGAAUUAACACCGACAUUGAGGGUGGUAGAAGUUAAGAAGAAAGGAGGGGACAGGGAAGAGUAUGAGGAAUUCUGUAACAGAGAACUGAAGCCCGUGAUGCAGAACCUUCUGAUCGAUGAUUCUGCUAUUCUCCCUUCAGAUACAGAGUAGAGAAAAUAAAUAUAGAAACAA